UCCUCUCCCUCUCCUCCGGUUUACUUUCCUCCCCCGUCUUCGAUUCCGCAAACUCACCUUCUUCUCGGCCUCAUCUUCUUCGAACCCAUCUCCUUGUUCUUCUCAGCCUCUCACAGUCGCAGCAUCACUCGCCCACACACUCUCUCACUCACUCCAGGUUAAAUUUGGUGAUAGCCAUGCCAGACGUGCAUUCCCUUGUGAAUGAUUUCCUUAUUAAGCUUAAAAAGCGUAAAAUUGAGGGCUCGCUGGCCACCGCAAAACAGACGGCUGAAUUAAUUCGGUCGGUAAUUUCAGCGCAGCGGGUGCCCUACACAAAUCAAGCUGGAGCAUUGAUUGAUGCUGUGAAGGCUGUUGGGGAGCAGCUGAUUGCUGCAAAUCCUGUUGAGCUUGCUGUGGGUAAUAUUGCGAGGCGUGUUUUGCACAUUAUUAGGGAGGAGGAACAUUCUCUCACUACUGCUGCUAUGGCUGGGUUGAACAUGUCAACUGUUAGUGAUGAUGAAGAUGAUGUUGACCAUGACAACCAUCCGGUUCUAUCUGCUGCUGUUGUUGCGGCUGCUGCAAGAAGCACACUGCGUCCACCAUCUUUGCAAACACUGCUUGAGGACAUACCUGAUGCAGCAGCUGUUCCUCGCACUUCUUCAUCUGGGGGUGAUUCUGAAGAAAAAACCAAAUCUGCUGAAAAAAGUUCAAAAAGUCGGAAGCUGAAGCAUGGUGUUAUUGAAGCAGUCAAUGAACUUAUACAAGAUAUUGGCACUUGCCAUGAACAGAUUGCUGAGCAAGCAGUAGAGCACAUUCACCAUAAUGAGGUUAUAUUAACUUUAGGUAGUUCAAGAACAGUACUGGAAUUUCUAUGUGCCGCUAAGGAGAAAAAAAGAUCGUUUCGGGUAUUUGUUGCAGAGGGAGCUCCAAGGUAUCAGGGGCAUCUUCUUGCUAGAGAACUAGUUGCAAGAGGUUUACAGACCACGCUGAUAACUGAUUCAGCUGUUUUUGCCAUGAUAUCUCGAGUCAACAUGGUUAUCGUUGGCGCUCAUGCUGUCAUGGCCAAUGGGGGGGUCAUAGCACCUGUCGGGUUGAAUAUGGUAGCACUUGCAGCACAAAGGCAUGCUGUCCCUUUUGUUGUACUUGCCGGCAGUCACAAGUUGUGCCCUUUGUAUCCUCACAAUCCUGAAGUUUUACUUAAUGAGUUAAGAUCUCCUUCUGAGCUACUGGAUUUUGGAGAGUUCUCAGAUUGCAUGGAUUUUGGAAGUGGCACUGCUUCUUCACUUCUUCAAGUUGUCAAUCCUACAUUUGAUUAUGUGCCACCAAAGCUUGUCAGUCUAUUUAUCACUGAUACGGGAGGGCAUAAUCCUUCAUAUGUGUACCGGCUCAUCGCAGAUUAUUAUUCUGCUGAUGAUUUGGUGGUCCAACGAAGACCUGCUAUGGGCAGUUGAGUUCAGCUCCCACAUGUUUAUCAUAUUCUUGGAUAUACCGUUGGGUGUGCGUGUGCCUCAAGUUCCGUCAUGAAUGUUUAUUUACUGUAUAUGGAACUAACAUUUUGCCUGUAUUCUAGCUUCAGGUAGUAUAAUGGUGGUGGAUGGAUGAAGCGGAAAAUGAAAUUAAACUAUCGUCGUGCUGAACCAUGGGGAGCGUUAUCAUCAUGCACAGGACAUAAGAGAAACAAGGAGAGCCAAUUUUGUGUAUGUGGCCAUUUAGGAAACGUAGAGCUGUAUUGAUACUGAAGUGAAUAGACGGUGGUGAUUUUUGCGAUUGUGGAAGGACAAAUGGAAAGGCAUAUUGUUUCCCAUAA